AAAGGAACCUUACUUGAAGGUUUUCUUUAUACAAACCAAACCUCUUUAUUUUUUCUUGCUUAAGUGGGCAAAAAAAAUGUUGUCAUGACAGUUGGUUAAUUUAAUAAAGAGAAAAGAAAAAAAAAAGAAAGAAAGAAAAGAACUUUUAUUCAGUGCCUCCCAAAUGCCUGCCUUAUCUUUCCCUAUCUUCCCUUGUCCCAUUAUCAUAUGUUACAUACUACUUUCUGUUGGCUUCUUUUAAGGCCUCCCCUCCUCUCCAAUUAAGGUUUCAUAUCUCACAUUUUGUGCGUUCUUCCUGUAUCACUUCCUUCAUGUUAUAUACUGUUUUGACGGGCCAUUUAAUAUCACCAUUCGGCCUGUAAAUGUUAUUAAUCAAUGUCGACUUGAAAAAUACUCCAAAUUUCACAUACUCAACAUUUUUUUUUUGUUUAUAUUAAGUGUGAGUGUGGGGAACUGAGAUUCUGGUUGGAGUUAAAGCAGCUCUUCUAUCUUGUUUUUUGCCUUCUCUUUUCCAUCUUUGUUAGUCAUUUAAUUAGGCUCUUUUUUUUUUUUUUCCAAAUUGCUGACUCUUAUCUCGUCCCACCCCUCAUCGGUUACACUUGUAUACUACCCUUUGUUCUUGUGAUCCCAUGUCAUUUAUAUCUCUGAUGAUUGUCUUUUUCCUACUGAUACCACAGGAGUCUCGUUUCUCAGGUCCUUGAAAUCUGUGAUUCAGUUUGGAGUUUUGCAUGCCACACUCCAACUCAGCUUCAUUGCAGUAUUUUUCUCUCCGUGGCAUUGAACUAAAUAUCAGAAUGUUUUUUAUCACCGCUUUUUGAGAGUUUUUUUGUUGGCCUAAAACAAUUUGUUUUUUCUGUUUUUCCCCUUCUUUUUCCAUUCGGUGGGUUUUUUCCUCGAGGAAGAGGUGGAACUCUCAGAAGGUGUUGUAGAAGCAAAAAGCAAAACUGCUUUCUCUUUCCCUUUACUUGUUGAGGUUAUUUCUUCCUAUAUAUAUAUCCACCCCCCCCAUCCAGUUCCCCCAUUAAAUAAAAAUUCAAGCUAUGGUAGGUUCUUCAUUUUAUUCUCUGAAAACUCUGUUCUUUCCUUCUUUUUGCUUUUCCCAAUCAUGAGCACCUUAGUAGCUCUGUAGCUUUGGUUUUUAAAUUGGAAUUUAGUCUGAUUCUUUGCAAAGAUUCAAUCUUUAUUCACAACCCAUUGUAGUUGAUCCAAAAGGGUAUCAGAAAAAUCCAGGAACAUGGCUGAAUUUCCCAACGAUAGAAAUCUGAGAAAUGCAGGACAGGAGGAAGAGUUCCAAGAAGAAGAUGUGUGGGGAAUCAUGAGGAGAGGAGGAAGAGCAAGAGCCAGUAGCAACCCGAGAAUGAUCCCAAGAGCAGCUCAAAACAACAACAACUUUCAGUCUCAGCAGCAGCGUUCCGCUCCGAUCAACAUCCCAGAUUGGGUAAAGAUGCUGAGGCGGAGGAAUCAUCAGGGCAAUAACAAUCUGGAUGGAAUUGUGGGGACUAAUAAUAAUGCUAAUGCAUUUGCUUAUGUUGAUGAUGGGUGGGACGAGACUGAUGAGGAAGUUCUGCCACCCCAUGAGUUCACAUCCAGGAGGUUUGCCAGAAACUCCCGGAUUGCUUCCUACUCAAUGUGCGAAGGAGCUGGCAGAACCCUGAAAGGGAGAGAUCUCACGAGUGUCAGAAACUCCAUUUUAACCCGCACUGGUUUUUUGGAAUCAUAACUUGUUCCAAAUCUUUUUAGUUUUCAUCCUAUCCACGAUCAUCCAUCCUUGAGCCCUCAGGAAAUUAUAGAUUAAAAAAGCCAUCUUCAUCAUUCAAUAGCUCUUUUUGUAAUGUCACCAUUACCAUUAGUUUUCUAGCACCAUAGCAUUAGAAGCAGAGGAAAAAAAAAAGAAGAUCUUAGCACCGCCUUUAGCACCACCAGCUUAGCUCCACCACCCUUAUGAUCAUCAUCAGUCAUCACCAAUGGGGUUCUUCUUGUCAUUAUCUAUAUCAUUAGGUCAAUGGGCCCAUUGGGUUUUUUCUUUUUUUAAUUACUGUCCUGCCUUUGUUCUGUUUUCCUUUUAUCUGCCUGCAUUUUCUUUUGAGGUUAGGUUAUUGUGUUAAUUAGACCCUGAAAAAAGAAAACAAAAUAAAUAAUAAAAAAAAAAUCAGCAGCUAGACAGGGGUAUAUGAUGAUCUAAUGGAAGUUUUGUUUUUAUGCUGGGAAGAGGUGCACAAGCAUCGUGUUGCCAGCAAUGGAAGGAACCGCUUGAGAGAAAAGUAGUAGUUAUCUUUCUUGGUUUUUUUUUUUUUUUUUUAAUCCCAGUUUAAGAUUCUGGGAUUUUGUCGGAAAGAUUUGUAUCCAAGAUCAAUCCACACCCAAGUUCAAAAGGAAAUUAGAACCCUUUUUUUUUGGUGUUUAAUAAUUUUAGUACAUUG